AUGCCUAAUGCAAAGCCACUUUUUCGAGGAGCGAACACGGUGCAGAGAAUUCAUCCAGCAGCUCUGCCAAACAUGUUGGCCCUGUGGCUCCUGUCUCAGCGUCGAGGAACAGUCACCAUAUCGGAUGUAGCGCAUCGUGAUGACUGCACGGAAGUGCAUGUCCCCGAGAACUGCAAGGGCUGGGUGACCGGGAACCGGGGAAGCGAAUUGCGGCGCAUGGAGACCGAGUAUGUUACUCAGUGCAUCCCCAACGAGCUUGCAUGA